UAGGGGCGGGCUCGCCUCGGUGGAGGCCGUGUACACGUCGAGCCGGGCACAAGUGGAGGGGGCUUCUGAGAAGUCGCGAGGGUCUGUGGAGUUAAGGCUGUGGAAGGGAGGCGUCGGUGCCGGAACUCGACCUGGGAAGGCUCUAUUGGAAGAGAACAAAAUUUGUGAUAUCCACCUGAGUGUGUGUGUUCAGUCUUUCGGGCUGACAAAGACUCUUCUGCUGACUGUCAACUUUUCCUGGGAAAACGGAUCACUCCAGGCAUACCGAGAUGGGCUCUAUGGCCAACAACACUAUCACGCAACCUUCUCACCAUCACCCGCUAAUGUCACACUCCCAUGGGGGAGGAGACAUGAUGAUGAUGAUGCCUAUGACCUUCUACUUCGGCUUUAAGAAUGUGGAACUAUUGUUUUCCGGUUUAGUGAUUAAUACAGCUGGAGAAAUGGCUGGAGCUUUUGUGGCAGUGUUUUUACUAGCAAUGUUCUAUGAGGGACUCAAGAUAGCCCGCGAAAGCCUGCUGCGCAAGUCACAAGUCAGCAUUCGCUACAAUUCCAUGCCUGUCCCAGGACCAAAUGGAACCAUCCUCAUGGAGACACAUAAAACUGUUGGGCAGCAGAUGCUGAGCUUCCCACACCUCCUGCAAACAGUGCUGCAUAUCAUCCAGGUGGUCAUCAGCUACUUCCUCAUGCUCAUCUUCAUGACCUACAAUGGGUACCUCUGCAUUGCCGUCGCAGCUGGGGCCGGUACGGGAUACUUCCUCUUCAGCUGGAAGAAGGCAGUAGUUGUGAACAUCACAGAGCACUGCCAUUAACAUCAGACUCCAUGGUGUGGCCUUACUGGUUGCAGUGGGAAGCAGUUCGAGACUGGAAGACAUGGCUCCUGUUCCAGUCAUCCUUUCUUGCUCCUGUUUCUUUACACACACACACACACACACACACACACACCCCGGCUCAACAGAGGUUUAGUUUACAGUCUUUGAACUAAAGAGAGAACCUCCCAAACCAUUUUUUCUAAACUAGUCGAGAUUCCAUUUCUCCUGAGGAGAAGCCACCCAUGAGAUGUCUUCUUCCCCAUCACCCUAGAUGCAGUUAUAUGCUCUUGUCUAGUCCAGGUAUCUUUCUAUUCAAUGACUAGAUCAUCUGUUUCCUCUUCUAACCUGCUGGUCUUUUUUUUUUUUUUUAACAGAAAAUAUGUGAAUUUGGUGUUUUGUUCCCUUGGUCAGUAAUAGGAAGGAAUUACUUUCAGCCAGGAUUGAUGACACUGAAGGAAACUCGUGCCCAACUAAACCUAGAACUCAAAGUUAAUGUUAGGAAACAAGUUUCAGUCUCUGGACUCAGUGAGUAGGAAAUACACCGUGUCUUUCUCUGGGUGUGAUGUGUUGCACCAGAAUCGUUGCAGUGUGCCAAGGGGUGCUUUGAUGCUCCGUAGAGUCCUAGAGCAUGCAGUGUGUAUUCUUUACUCAGCAUUUUGAUUAGAAUGAACUUGCCAAUCAACAAUAACAAGAAAAAUGACAAUCAAUUCAAAAAAUAGAUAUUUUAAAAUAAAACCAUUGGUAUUUUACUUUGAUUUAGUACCUUGGUUUGUCUCAAGCUGAAUGAAGCAAGAGUUUGAAUUAAUUUUUCCCUAUUCCUGUAUUUGUGUGUCUGCCUAUAAUCCAGUGAUUUUCAGACUUUAGCAUGCAUCAGAAUCAUCUAGCGGGCUUGUUGACACUAGUUGCUGAGUCUCCAACCCAGAGCCCCCAAACGGGCAUCUGAAUUCCUACCUGAUGUUCCCGCUGAUGGUCUGACGAUCAUACACUUUGAGAAUCUCUACUUUAAAUUAAGGGAGUAUUGUGUAAGGAGGACUCUGUGGUAUGGGCAGGUCAUUUGAAGCGCUGAAUGCUAGGUGGCAUGUCUGGGCUUAACUCACGUAGUAAAUGCUGCUGGUCAAUACUUAAUCAUUCCACAAACAUUUGUUCGGCUCCAACUGUGUGUAUGUCUACCCAAGCAUACAUUUAAUCAGUAGGCAUGAAGUCACUAAUCCUUGUUUUUAAAGAUCUGUGGUUUCUUGGAAGUAGUUUUGAAGAUUGGGAGAGACCUUUGAUCUACAGUGAAAUCAGCGAAUACUAGGCUGAAAGGGCAAAAGCCCAGCUUUCUCUUUGGAGAAACAAGUGUGGUUUGCUGAUAGCCGAGUUUUCCUCAGCCUCCGACAUCUGUACCUACACUGAGCAGACCAUCUUUCUCCCAUGGCCAUCUUUGUUACUCUUGGGAGCUUAGACUACAAGUGGCCAAAACCUCUUUUCUUAACAAAGAAUCACAUUGAAUUUUUAUUCUGUUCAGUUGUUUGUCUACACCAGUCUUACUUCCCAGUCCAAACUACCUCUGUAAAGUGAUUCUUUCUGUGCUGGUCUUUUAAAUCCUGCCCUCCUUGGUGCUAGAUCCAGUUGUGCCUCAGGGCAGAGGAGACAGAACACAGCUCUCCUGUUGGCUUGUGAUGUGGUUUUGCAGCUUGUACUUUCUCUGUGGGUGCCGGCUCAAUAUUGGAGAGAGGAAUGUGUACUUUUAUGGCUUUUAAACAAGAGAGGGCUUAUAAGCCUACUGGAUUGUAGCUAUAAAAUCCAUGAACCAACAUUCAGAGAUUGGCUUUUUUCUCGUUUGAUUCCCUUGUAGUACUGACACUUAGCCCGAGCAGAAGUGAGUGGCAGGUACUGACAGCGUACUCACCCAUUUUCUCGGAAGCCCAGAGAUAAUACAACAUGAGAAAUAAGAAUCGAUGUUCAGUAGUAACUGUGGUGCUCUCUAGAAAUCU